GUGGGUGAGGAGCAAGACGCGGCGGUAUGAACGCUCUUCUGUGGUGGUGGUGGUGGUGGUGAGACAGAAACGCAUGCGGGCGGGAGCGGCAGGUGGAGCGUGUCGCGGAUCGGCUCAGCACGUGGCCAGUGGGGCUGGAGACGGGCUGUUGUGCGGAGACUCACCCAAGGGCGGAACGAAAAGACGACUCUCGUUCACUGAAUGCUUCAUGCCGCGUGAAACUGCCAUAGUCCACUCUUGUGCCUCAAAGUGUGGCGAGGCGAAGAGCCGCAGGCUGGAGUGGAUGCCGGCGAUGUGCUGGGACGGGCUUUAGGAACCCUGCACGUGAGCGGUGUAACUCAGUCUUGAAAACAUUCCGUCAGGGUGUCGCCAUUUCGUUCCAUGAGCCUCUGCAUCACACCCCUCUUGUCUCAAUGUGGCGCAUCAUGACGCAAGCAGGGGAUACUCGCAUCAUUUAAUUCUGAUAGUGAUUUAGUAGAGGCGUUGGGUAUUACAAUAAUAAUCUAAUAAUAAUCAGUCUGAAACUAGAAAAAAAAAAUAAUAAAACCUCUAGGAUUUAUUAAUUGGUAAAAGAGUGAACUAAAAAUACCAUUAGCCUGGUGAGAAAUCACGGAAAGCUUUACACUAAUAGGACAGUGUCAUCGCUCAGGUGGCGUAAACGUUGGCGCGUCGUGGGUGAGACGCGGUAGAGGAAGAGGAGAGGGAGAAGACCGACUGAUUAACCCUGGUGCAUGGCGGGGGGAUGAGGGCUGCGUGCCGUCCCCAUGCUGCCCUUGCUGCUCUCAGUGGCCCUGGUGGUCUUCCAGGGCCACGCCGCUACCCACCACGUGACUCCCUGCACACUGGAGGCCGCCCGUCCCACUCACCGCCCCCAUCCCACGCCCACGUCCCGGUACACGAGUGAUGUCACGGAGAGCAGCGCCGCCACUGCUGUGCAAGGCGUGACGUCGGUGGGGCGUCGAGAUAAGAGGAGCAAACACGGCAGGUGGUUGAAGAGCGUCCUUGAGGCGACAGAAGCGGGGCAUGAGUCCAGCACACUACGAAACCUACACUGGGUGAAGGAGAGUCCAUCCAGGGCACGGCAGUCACGCGGGCCCUUCAGCGUGAGCCAGCGAGAGGCCCUCCCUGUCUGCCUGAACCACGCCUCGCCAUCCACGCGGGCCAGGCCGAGGCGCGCCACGCUCUCGGCAAUUCAAAACUCCCACAAGGCACAUGGACACCGCAGUCACUUCCACCACCACCAGCAGGAGCAGCGGGGGAGGCAAGGUACUGGACGCCGCCUGAGGAAGCGUCACCAAGGGCGGCUGCAGCAACAACAGCAACAUCAGCGACCUCCCAGCCUGCAGUUCUCUCAGCCUGAGUAUCGCGUGACGUUGAAGGAGGACGUGCCCAUCCACACCUCCCUCCUGACGGUGGACGUGAGUGGCGCUGAGGGGAUGGCGUUGAAGUACCAGCUGAGCGAUGCUGUCAACUUUGGGAUUAGCGAUGCGGGGGUCAUCUAUACUCUCCGCCAGUUGGACCACGAGGGCUCAGGCGGCCGCUACUCCCUACAGGUCACGGCCGAGGAGCUGGCAGGCGGUGGGUGGUGGGCGAGGUCAGCCAGCACCCAGAUGAGCAUUCAGGUGAUGGACGCCCCGGAGCCGCCACGGUUUGACGUCCAGCACUAUCAGUUCACCAUCUCCGAGUUCGCGCGGGAAGGCAGCUACGUGGGCACUGUGCGAGCGGAGGAUGACGACGGGGACCUCGACCGGUACUUUCUGCGCGGGAGGGACAUAACAGAAGCGUUCGCCAUGGACGCCAGCACGGGAGUCAUCACACUGGAGGAGGCCCCGGACGGCUCACGCUGGCAAUACCACCUCAAGGCAGGGGCAGAGGAUCGCUUGGGACACGUUACUCUCGUCCCCGUCAGUGUCUUCUUCAUCUCCGGAAAUCCAGCUUACGAGCCGUUGGUCUCCGUAACUCAAGGUGACAGCAGCCCGCCGCCCAGUCUUUCCGGAUUGUGAGUCUUACGAGGAUACCCACGUGAUGGAGAAUGUGACGGCAGGCAGCCCUGUCCUGACGGUGGUGGCUACUGAUGUGGACAGCUGGCUCAGCGGCGCCCUCUCCUACUCCCUCAUCCACAGCUUCAGUACCUUUGCCAUCCAGGCGUCCAGCCAGCGCGGUCACAUCACGACAACCCGG